AUGAAGCUAAGCCAAAUGUUGACUAAAAGCGAGGAGAAUUUUCUCUGGAGUGGAAGUAAUAUCCAACUUAAACGGUUUGUCGACGAAGCGUUGCUUCUCAGUGGUAAAUGGACAUCGCCGGUUGGAGAUACUAAGCAAUUUACCAACGAAAGUGUCAUCAUAAAGUGGCAUGGACCAAGCUCAAAAAAGCUAUCAGUUAUUAAAGAUGAUAAUUCCUCGGUCGUUGAUGCCUUAUCAGAUUUAAUAGUAAAGAAAUUGGCCGUAAAUUCUUCAAACACUGAUGACCACGUGGACACAACAACAACAACCUCGAAGCCAAAUGAAACAUGCAAUACGUGUGAUUCUAGAGAUGCGGAAAUUGCGAGUUUAAAAGAAAAAAUUAUCGAGAUGAACAAAGUUAUCGUUCGAUUGGCAAACAGGCAAAAUGAAAGCGAAUGUCAAACGGAGAAACACUUAAACGAAUCGAAAAAAGCCAUAACCGAGUUAUCUAGAACAAACAACAAAAUGGCGGACGAGAUCGACGAACUUAAAUGUGUCAUUGAGCAGAUUUCUGUUGACAAUGAUCGACUGCAAAAUGUCUUGGAUAUGAAGCAAAAUGAUUGGAUUGAAAUUGAAAAGCAAAAAAAAUCGAACGUCAUCAAACCAAUAUCUUCAGCAUCGAAACUAAACUAUGCAGCUGCUGUUUCAAAUAGCUUUGAAAUCCUUGAGGAUGAAACCUUAUCAAACGAAUCGUCAAAUGAUAUCUCAAUUCAAGACAGCGCAGAAUCUAUUAACAAUAUGACGAUAAACACUGGAACACAGCCAGAUACUCAUCCAAACCAGAACACUAGAACCAAGCAAGAUGAAGGCAAGAAAGAUCAAAACAUCAGCACAUCAGCACAGAGAAGUCAAGAUCAACAAGAUACCUUGUUAAUUGGAGACUCGAUGACCAAAAACAUAAACAAUGAUAAACUUUCAUAUGCUGCAAAAGCAAAAACUGUUUGCAAGACGUACCGAGGUGGCAAGAUAAAGGAUAUUCACACAAAUCUACGAAAGGACUGUGGUGAAAGAAGAUUACGCAGUAUCAUUCUUCAUGUGGGUACCAACAACCUGGUACCUGAUGAUGCAAAGGAGGCAGCUAAGCAGAUGGAGGAUCUUAUUGUUGAAGCUAAAUCUAAAGCUGAGAAUGUCGCAGUCUCAAGC